GGGUGCCCUGAAGAAGGGAGCCAUCGCCAAGACACUGCAAGCCGUCAAGAUGGUGCUGUCCUACAACCCCGACCUGCUCGAGUGGGACUCCCCACACCGGACCAACCAGCAGCAGUGCUACUGCUACUGCGGGGGCCCCGGCGAGUGGUACCUGAAGAUGCUGCAGUGCUACCGCUGCCGGCAGUGGUUCCAUGAAGCUUGCACCCAGUGCCUCAGUGACCCCAUGAUGUUCGGAGACCGGUUCUAUGUGUUUUUCUGCUCCGUAUGCAACCAGGGACCUGAAUACAUCAAACGCCUGCCCUUGAGAUGGGUGGAUGUUGUCCAUCUCGCCCUCUACAACCUGGGUGUACAGAGCAAGAAGAAGUACUUUGACUUCGAGGAGAUCUUGGCCUUCGUGAACCACCACUGGGAUCCGCUGCAGCUCGGGAAGCUGACGGGCACCCCCGUCUCCGAGCGCGGCCCCCACCUCCUCAAUGCACUCAACAGCUAUAAAAGCAGGUUUCUGUGUGGGAAGGAAAUCAAAAAGAAAAAAUGCAUCUUUCGCCUGCGGAUCCGCGUCCCGCCAAACCCCCCCAGCAAGGUGCUGCCAGAGAAAGCCCCUGGCAUGGGUGAGAGUGGCUCCUGCGAGCUGAAGAAGAGGGGAAAAAGCAAGUAUGUCCAUAAAGACAACCUGCUGCCACGGCAGCUCCAGCAGCAGAAGCGGCGAGCGGCGCGGCGCAAGAGGGCCAAGUUCCUGCUGGAGGACGCAAUUCCCAGCAGUGACUUCACCUCCGCCUGGAGCACCAACCACCACCUGGCCAGCAUCUUUGACUUCACACUGGAUGAAAUUCAGAGCCUGAAAAGUGCCCUAUCAGGAUUAUUGAGUCUGGGCACUGGGGGUCAGCGUGUGGUCCUGGGCAGGCACCUGGUGCCCGCCACGAUGCAGCUGGUGCUGCUGGGUCGUGCUCCAUGCCAGGGUGAGGUGUGCCCUCGGCCGGAGAGAUGCUGCCGCGAAGCACGGGAACGGCAGAAGGAUGUGAAGGGGCGACUGGGCGGGGGUCAGGGACGCCCCUUGCAGUGA